AAGGAUUGUUCAAUGUCGGGUUUGGGACUGUUAUCCAAUUAUAACUAUGAGAGUGACCCUUCGGAUCCAGAUGAUACAGAAACUCCGAGUGCAUCUAAAACACAGUCGGAGAACGGAAAUGAAAAACUACAUAAGCUGAGCAAGGAAUCUGUUUGUCCUGAUAAAUCUAAAGAACAAGAGGACAAACACGCGGAUCGAAGCAGUGAAAAUUCAGCAGGGAAAUCAGACGGUAAUUCUGAUGAAAAGAACAAAGACAAACACGGCGAUAGAACCAGCUCUUCUGAUGAAUCACGAGCUAAUAGGAACCAUGGUGUCCGCUCGUCUGACAACUUGUCACGUGACGACAGGAACCGGGGCGACAAGUCAAGAGAUGACAAAUAUAAGAGUGACAGAUCUCGAGACCGGGAAGAUAAGAGGAGAAUGGACCACACGCACCAUAAAAGGGAUGAUAGAUCAGGCCGUGAUCACGAGAGAUCACGUGACUACAAACGUAGAGACAACCGUGGUGGCAGAGACUUUAGAGGCAGAGGUUACCGCGGUAGAGACCACCGCACAGACUUUAGGCACAGGUCGGCCAGCCAGGAGGCAAAAGACCGAGAAUUUGAAGAAUAUAGAAGAAAAAAAUAUGGGGAUAGCAGAGAUUGGGGCAAAGUUAGCGCAGAGUCUCUGAAGGAUGUUAAGACAGAUUCAACUCUUCCAACUUCAUUUGACAACAACAUCGCAAAGCAGCUGGCCGCUCAACGAGAAAAGAGGAAAUUGCUUUGGGGCAAAAAAGAGGAUGGAGAGGGAUCAACUUCAAGUCAGAAAGGUGCCUGGGGAACAGGAUGCCUUAAAAACGACGAAACAGGGGAGCAAACAGCCAAGUUUCUGAAACUCAUGGGAGUCAGGGAUGUUACUGCUGACAAUUUAAAGGAUUAUAAAAAGUCUGAUGAGAGCGUGUUACGCUCAUCUGAAGCUGUUAAUUCUAUGGAAAAUGAGUAUGAGAAAAGCAGGUAUAUGCAACAUAUUAACAAGGGAGUCGGAUUGGGUAUGAUACAAUUCACCAAACCGCCUCCCCCCACCUGAGGACACCUCUUCUUUUUCCAGAACUUACUAAUCCGAACAUUACCUCCGCAAGACUCUGACGAAUUUUAUUUGAACCUGUUUUUUAGCAUAUUACCAUUUACUGUUGUAUAUCACCAUUGAUUCAUUAACAUUGAAGAAAUGUGGUGAUGUCUGAUAUGGUGAUACAACCCUACUGAACAAUGUCGAGUGCAUAAAUUUUUGGGCUGUUUUGAAUUUGCUGCGAAAUUAAAUUGUUUGGGAAUUGAUAUAUAUUAAUAUUUAAUAGUUGAGAAUAUAGAUGACUAUUAGAUUUAGACUUCUGUGUUUGUCUUUACGGUUUACUGCUGAAUGAACCAGGAAUACGUGAAGUGCACCUUUGUUUUCAUAUGCCUGGUUCAUGUUGCAUGUUGUUAUCUUAACAAAUUUGGAUUUAUUAAUUUCUUUUUCAUAAUGAAAUUUAGAGAUAUGACCUCUUUCAUGCCAUAAUAACGAUUGAUUGAAGGAUAAUAUGUUACACAGUAAGAAACUGACUC